GACACACGAGCUUCGAGAAUCUCUGUGCUCGAUCAAAGACCUAAAAGCCGAUAUCGCUAAAGUGGAAAGCAUCAAUGAAGUCCAGCAGUGCAAGAUAGAGUCUUUGGGUGCUACUCUGAAUGAAAGGGAGACAAGGAUUACUGAUCUCGUCGAGACGAGUGCCAACGCGUUAGGACAGCGCGAUCGUGUGCAAGAGAUGCUCAAUGAGAAGGCAAUCACCAUUGAAAGCAUUUACAAGGAGAAAGAAGAGCUGGCUCAAGAGUGAGUCGAUGCUCAGUCUGGAGAAAAAAGGUAUAUGCAAACUCCUCGCUCUGUUCUACAGGGUCAACAAGCUCGAGGGUGAGGUAGACGGUAUCAGAGAAUGUCUCGAAAUUGCCAAUGAGGAGAAGAGCAGCCUGCAACUUCAGCUAUCGGAGAUGGAGGCGAAUCAGACAGAGAUGAAAGAGGAGAUGGUCAUGCUUGACGCCGAGAAGCGAGAGGUCGAACGGCGCGAGAGGAUUGUCUCGUACGGUCUCGAAAACACGAAUCAGCUGAUUGACGGACUGAAAGCGGAGGUAAAGGAUCAGGCCGGAAAGCUCGACAAAGCGGACGCGACUAUUCGGCGGCACGAGGCAUCGAUAGAAGAUGCGCAGAAUGAAGCGAAGAUUGCACAGAUUGCUGUCCAGGAGGCACAGGCAGCUCAGAAAGUCGCCGAGGAAGCUCUCAAAGCUGCCGAGGAGGCCAAAGAGGCUGCUGAGAAGGAACACGAAGCUGCCAAGGACGCUCUCACUGCUGGGAAGACCGCUGAAGCUGCUGAAGCCGCCGAGGUUCCGCAGAAAGCCGCCCAAGUCGCUGAUCAACUCGUCGAGCCUGAAGCCCAAGAGAAGGAAACCGAGGAAGAGGAGGUAGUACAGAAAGCGCCUGAGGCACCACUGUCGGUGCAAAAGGUGAUACGCCAGUACGGUCACCAAAGUCGUGCGGCUCCAAGUGGCCGCAAGACCCGCUUUCCGCGCAUGGGAAACUCAACCCUUGGCCACCUCGAUGAGGAGUCACAGGCCUCUGCUGCCUCUAACCACACUGCUACCUCGUCGCUCCCGCUAGGUUCGAUGCAGCCUCCGUCGUCUCUGCAGAGGUCGAACAGCAUGCGCCGUAGCCGUAGCCAGUGGUUUUCGAUGCACAACAACAGCACGCAAAGUCAGAAGCGCGACGAUGAUGACGAUAAUGACUCGAUGAAGGGCAGCGAGUCAAUCUCGUCGAGUCUGAGCAGCGAGGUUGCUACAAAUGACGGCGAAUAGUCAAAGCCCACAGUUCGCAACGCAUACAGGCACUGUCAUGUCCACCCUUGUCACUGUCGUCCGCUUUCCCUCUCUCUCUUUCCUCUUGUCAGUCAGCGUGUCUUUCUCGAAGUCGAAAUGAAAUCAUUGUGUGAUCCGUGCGCUUUUACACGU